AUGGCGACGGUUGAGCCGGUCUCCGGCGAUGAGGAGCCUCGAUUUUCUAUGGAUAAUACUGAAUCAACAAGUACGAUGCCCUCACCACCUUUAGAUUUUGCUCAUGCGCGACGACGAAAGCGUUAUACAACUGGAGAGACCGAUUCCGAAGCCUAUGAGGCUGAUUACGGGGAGAAUGGAGAGGAUUCCGACUGGGACAGGAGCAGAAAUGAUGUGUAAGUUAUUUUUCGUUUUUAUGUUUGGAGUUUAGGUAUAAAUCUCGAUGAAAAUGAUGGCCUCGCCUGAAGGGUCCCAUAUUCGUUCUGGGGAAGGUUAUUUUAAUCAAACUUCAUCAAUCUUGCACCCAGGAUUUACACAUCUUGUUUUAGCUCAAUGAGAAGUGGAACCGAUCUUGAAAGAUUGCAUUUCCGAUACGUAAAUGAACGGGUUGUCAAUGAUAUCACUCUGGAGUUCUUCUACAAACCACACACGAUCUCGGUGCUCGCUUUGUUGGGCGUUUACCUGCUUUACUAUGCUUUUUGGGAGUAAGUUGUGGAAAAGUGUCAUGAUCAUUCUUAAAUGCCUUUUUUUAUUCUAUUCUCAAAUUUCCAGAGAUGACGGACCCACGGAAUCGAAUGUAUAUUUUGGCAUGAAGGCGAUGGGCGGCCUAUUCUUGGUGAUCUCGGCGAUGGCACUGCCCAACGGACCUUUUGUUCGUCCUCAUCCAAUUAUUUGGCGGGUCGUCUUUGGACUCUCGGUUUUAUAUGUCAUGCUCCUGCAAUUUACCUUAUUCCAGAACUACACUGACAUCAAGAGGGUCCUCACUUGGCUGGACCCUAAGGGCUUGGGGCAAGAAACCUUGAACGAAAAGGUAGGGCGCAGUUCGCGGACCUUGAUUUUGAGAUUUUUGGAUAUGUAAAUUGCGCAGUUAGACGGGACAUGGACUAAGAGGAGAUUAUUUUCCAGGAAUACGCGGUAAAUUGCUCGGACGUGUCGGUGGAAAGGAUCUGGGGCAUGAUGGACAUCUUCGCGGUCGGCCAUUUCCUCGGCUGGGGAAUGAAGGCCCUCCUAAUCCGGCAUUCAAUCAUCUGUUGGUACAUCAGCAUCUCCUGGGAACUGACGGAGAUCAUCUUUACCCAUUUACUCCCGAAUUUCCAGGAAUGUUGGUGGGAUGCGAUCAUUUUGGAUGUCCUGGUGUGCAAUGGUCUCGGAAUCUGUUUCGGAAUGUUCGUUUGUCGAAUUCUGGAGAUGAGAACCUUCCAUUGGGAGAGCGUGAAGUAAGAUGGGAGCGAAUUUUUACGGUUUUUUGAAGUUUUGAGAGAUUUCAAGUUUUCGUGCUGGGACCUAAAAUGAAGUAAAAAAUUUUUUUUUAAUUUUAGAAACAUCCGAACCACCAAAGGCAAGUUUAUGAGGUCCGUAAUGCAGUUCACACCCGAAAGUUGGAUCCAAGUUGACUGGUUCAACUCUUUCGCCCUGAGGCGAUGCAUCGCUAUCUUUGCAUUUAUCAUGAUCUGGCUGCUCAGCGAGCUCAACACGUUCUUCCUAAAGCAUGUAUUUGCUGUUGAUACAACCCAUCCAGUGGUGUUUUGGAGGAUUAUUUUGAUUGCUUUGAUCUCAGCACCAAGUAUAAGGUAAGCCAUCAAGUACAAUAUAAAAAAUUUUUAUAUUGGCAUAAAUUGAUAUCUCUUGUUUUAGACAGUACUAUCUCUACUGUACGGACCCCAAAAUUAAGCGGAUUGGUAUGCAAUGUUGGGUUUAUUUGGCGGUCUGUAUGUUGGAACUGGCCAUUUGUGUGAAAUUUGGCCGACAAAUGCUACCAAGAAUGAAAAUUUUCUUGAUCACUUUGUGGAUCAUCAUUUUAGUAAGUUGAUCUUUUAUUUGCGAUGUUUUUUUAUUUUUUCUUGGAAAAUUUUAGAAAUUUUAUAUAAAUUUGUGUUGUUUUAGAUCAUCGGAACUGUCGGAUGCAUCUGGCUAUCGGUCUGGUGGGCUAAGUCAUCGGUAAGUGUGGUAAUUAGAGGCUUAAUGACGAUAUUUUAGUACACGAAAAAGAUUUCGUACAAAGGAAAAAUGGAGAAUUGUUAUUUGGACUCGAGCACUGAAAAUCUCGGGGCAAUUCAGGAUGAUGUAGUCAAAAGACGGAAGAAAUUACAGAUCAACCCUCCUGGAAUGAGUGCGAAAACCAAGUCGCUAUGA